AUGCGUCCUCCCCGACCCGUGCGGGUGCUCGGCGUCUUGCUGAGCCUGGCCCUGGGGCAGGCGCUGGCGUUCGAAGAGCGCGACUUCCUCGGCUUCCUGGGUCUGCACGCGGCGGCGUUGCCCCGCCGGCCGCAGCCCGUGCCGCGAGUGUUGCAGAAGAUCGCGCGCGAGAGGGAGGCGGCCACCGCCGCGGGGUUGACGCGGGCGCCGUGCGUCGUGCCCGAGCUGGGAGCGCCCGGGGACACACUGCGGGCGUUGCCCGAUCGAGGCAUCCUCCUUCCAUCUGACUCCUGCCUGAUGCGGCUGCUCUCCUUCAAUCUUUCUGCGGCCAUCCCGGAUUGGGAGCAGCCCACAGCGGCCGAGCUGGGCUUGGACUUGGGGCCCAGCUCCUACCACGAGCUGGGCCCGGCACUGGAGCUGACUGUGUCAGUGGUUCCGGAGCCUCAAAGGCGGGCAGGGCCCACGCGCGAGCGGAGCAGAGUGGUGGCCACACAGUCUGUGCCGCGGCCCCAUGGCGCCCUCCGCGUCCGCCUACAGGGGGCGCUACUGCACGCAGCCCGGCGCCCACGGGUCGGCCUGGGGCUGCUGCUGGAGGCGCGGGUCCUGGCAGACGGAGACCCCGGGCGGCACUGGCUCCCCGGGGCCGCGUGUUCCAGGCUGCGGCGGGCUCUGCGCGUGACCCUGCUGGUGGCCACCCUGGACCCCAGGCGCUGCCGCCGCCGCCGCCCUGCCCGACUUCGGAGGGCCUUGCCCGCUGCCCCCCAGGCUGCCUGCCCAAGCCUCUGCCACCGCCACCGGCUGUUCAUCAGCUUCCGGGACCUGGGCUGGCACAAGUGGGUCAUCGCGCCCAAGGGAUUCAUGGCCAACUACUGUCACGGCGAGUGUCCGCUGUCCGCAGCCACCUACCUGAACAGCUCCAACUAUGCCUUCAUGCAGGCGCUGAUGCAGGUCGCGGACCCCGCGGUGCCCCCGGCUGUGUGUGUCCCCACCAAGCUCUCGCCCAUCUCCAUGCUCUACCUGGAUAAUGAGGACAAUGUCAUUCUGCGUCAUUAUGAGGACAUGGUGGUCGACGAGUGCGGGUGUGGGUAG